ACUUGGUGCUAUAUAGUGCUGUUGUUAUAGACUUUCAGCGAUUCACUUAGCUUUGGCGUGUUGUGGAAAGCGGACGUGUGAAGAAGAAAACAACGAACCAUAAAAAUCAGCGAGAUGUCUUUCCUAGUUAUACUGCUCAUACUCUACAUCAUCUGGGAUGUUAACUACUUCAUUCGCUGCGUUUUCACUGUGCUGGCCGGGCGCCUGUUCCAGAGUAAACGCAAGGUCACUGAUACCACAACCAUCUAUGGCCUCUGCACCUCACAGGAUGUGGACAUCUUCAUACGGCACAUGAACAACGCGCGCUAUCUGCGCGAGCUGGACUUUGCACGUUUCCACUUCUAUGCGCUGACCGGGCUCUAUGAGCAAGUGCGCGAGCGCAAAGGUGGCGCCGUCCAAGGCGCUUCGAGUGUGCGCUAUCGCCGCACCAUACCCAUUUUCCAUCCGUACAAGAUUCAAACAAAGCUGAUUUGGUGGGAUGAGAAGGCUAUUUACUUGGAGCAAUCAUUUGUCACGCUCUCGGAUGGUUUUGUGCGCGCUGUGGCGUUAUCCAAGCAGUGCAUCACCAAUUGUGACGUCACCGAAAUAAUGAAGACCUUCCCUGAAGCGGCAACACGUCCGGAAAUGCCGGCGGAGCUGAAACUGUGGUUGGACUCGAUUGAGCUGUCGAGUCAGAAGCUGCGCAAGGAUAAAUGAGCGUGAGGCGGAGAGUGUGCUCUCUUUCUUAGUUUUUUAAACUCACUAUUUGGGUGUUUAGGCUUAUUUUUGUACCUUUUUUAACGAUCCAUUACUUACAAUGUGGACAGUGAUAUCGAAAUAAAGUUUUUAAUUAUAAAAACAA